AUGUUUAAAUAUUUAUUUAAUCUUUUACUUUUUUGUAGGAAUAAUUCCCUGCCACCUAUAAAUCAGUUACUAUUGACUUUACGGUACUAUGCAACUGGAUGUCAUCAACUGACCAUGGGUGAUUUUUCUGGAGUCAGUCGACCAACAGCUAAUCGUGUCAUCCACCGAGUAACUGCAGCAAUAGCCUCCCUGAGUCGUGAUUACAUCAAGUUUCCGCAGACUGACGCAGAUAUUAGAAAAACGCAACUAGACUUUUACAAUAUAGCCAGAUUUCCAAAAGUUAUAGGUGCAUUGGAUUGCACUCAUAUAAAGAUAAUAUCACCAGGAGGAAGCCAUGCAGAAACCUUCAGGAAUAGAAAAGGCUAUAUGUCAAUUAAUGUGCAAGCUAUUUGUAAUGCCCAAUUGUUAUUGACAGACCUAGUUGUUAGGUGGCCAGGAAGUACUCAUGAUGAACGGAUAUUCAGUGCAUCUAGAAGACAUGCCAUGUUUGAAUUGGGAAUGCAUGGUGAUUCAGUACUUGUUGCAGACAGUGGGACACGCAACCCAGUUGAGAGGUUAUUUGGGGUUUGGAAAAGGCGCUUCCCAGUGUUAGCCCUAGGAAUUAGGGUAAACUUGAAAAAUGCCCCACCUAUUAUAGUAGCUACUGGUGUAUUACACAACAUUCUACAAAUGAGAGGAGAUCAAAUGCCUUUAGACGACCUGAGUCUAGACUUGCCAGCACCAUGGGAAGAAAUAUUACAUCAGGGAAGAAUACAGCGUUCUGUAGAUAAUAAUGUUAGAGAUUUAAAUCCCAACAGGAGAUCAUUAAUAACAAAUUAUUACCAAAGUCUUGUU